ACCCGGAGGACCCCAAUCCGGUCACCGACCCUGACCUGGUCAUGGUGUCCAGCUCCGGCCUGGCGUGAGGACCCCCGACCGGCGCGAGGGAGCCCCCUUCCCAGACCACACCCUUGAGCCUGAGCCCGUCACACUUUGCUCCUGAGUCCGUGCUCCAGUACCGAGUACCUGGCUGGGCCCUGGGCACGCACAGGGGCCGUAGCCCCACUGUGUGUGGGAGCCAUGAGGAUCCUGGCUAACAAGACAAGGUUACCCCACCCCAGGAGGAGAGAAGCUCCAGGGAGCCCGCCGCUCUCCCCACGCGGCCACUGCCCCCCAGCCCCAGCCAAGCCAAUGCACCCAGAAAAUAAGUUGACCAAUCAUGGCAAGACAGGGAAUGGCGGGGCCCAAUCCCAGCACCAGAAUGUGAACCAAGGACCCACCUGCAACCUGGGCUCGAAGGGCGUGGGGGCGGGGAACCAUGGGGCCAAGGCCAACCAGAUCUCACCUAGCAACUCAAGUCUGAAGAACCCCCAGGCAGGGGUGCCCCCUUUCAGCUCGCUCAAGGGCAAGGUGAAGAGGGAGAGGAGCGUGUCUGUGGACUCUGGAGAGCAGCGAGAGGCUGGGACCCCAUCCCUGGAUUCAGAGGCCAAAGAGGUGGCACCCCGGAGUAAGCGGCGUUGUGUGCUGGAGCGGAAGCAGCCGUACAGUGGGGACGAAUGGUGUUCAGGACCCGACAGCGAGGAGGACGACAAGCCCAUUGGGGCCACCCACAACUGUAAUGUAGCAGACCCAGCCAUGGCGGCCCCACAGCUGGGUCCCGGCCAAGCCGCCCAACUGCCCCUCAGCGAGAGCAGCGCCCCAGGCGCCCCCCACGGGCCUCCGCCAGGCCUCCGGCCUGAUGCCCCCGGGGGCGGGGGUGGGGGCGUCCCCGGAAAGCCUCCCUCGCAGUACGUGUACGUCUUCACCACCCACCUGGCCAACACGGCUGCUGAGGCGGUGCUUCAGGGCCGGGCCGACUCUAUCCUCACCUACCACCAGCAGAACGUGCCCCGGGCCAAGCUGGACCAGGCCCCGAAAGUGCCACCUACCCCCGAACCGCUGCCCCUAAGCACGCCUUCAGCAGGCACGCCGCAGCCCCAGCCACUGCCGCCGCCCCCGCCGCCCCCUGCCCCUGGCAGCGCACCGCCCGCCCUGCCUUCAGAGGGUCCUCCCGAGGACGCCGGUCAGGACCUGACACCCAACUCCGUGGGAGCCACCAGCACGGGCGGUGGCGCCGGGGGCACCCACCCCAACACCCCGACAGCCGCCACCGCCAACAACCCGCUGCCUCCUGGAGGAGACCCCGGUGGCGCCCCGGGCCCUGCCCUGCUGGGGGAGGCCGCCCCCGCCGGGAACGGGCAGCGGAGCCUGGUGGGCUCGGAAGGCCUGUCCAAGGAGCAGCUGGAGCAUCGGGAGCGCUCCCUCCAGACGCUUCGAGACAUUGAGCGGCUGUUGCUCCGCAGCGGGGAGGCCGAGCCCUUCCUCAAGGGGCCCCCAGGAGGAGCCGUGGAGGGGGGCCCACCAGCACAAGCCCCUCCCGCCCCGCAGCAGCCCCCUGCGGCCCCUCCCAGCGGGCUGAAGAAGUACGAGGAGCCCUUGCAGUCCAUGAUUUCACAGACGCAGAGCCUAGGGGGCCCCCCGCUGGAGCAUGAAGUGCCUGGGCACCCCCCGGGCGGCGACAUGGGGCAACAGAUGAACAUGAUGAUGCAGAGGCUGGGUCAGGACAGCCUGACGCCGGAGCAGGUGGCCUGGCGCAAGCUGCAGGAAGAAUACUACGAGGAGAAGCGGCGGAAGGAGGAGCAGAUUGGGCUGCACGGGGGCCGCCCUUUGCAGGACAUGAUGGGCAUGGGGGGCAUGAUGGUGAGGGGGCCGCCGCCUCCCUACCACAGCAAGCCUGGGGAUCAGUGGCCACCAGGGAUGGGCGCCCAGCUGCGGGGACCCAUGGACGUCCAAGAUCCCAUGCAGCUCCGGGGCGGGCCUCCCUUUCCCGGCCCCCGUUUCCCCGGCAACCAGAUGCAACGGGUGCCUGGGUUUGGGGGCAUGCAGGGUAUGCCCAUGGAGGUGCCCAUGAAUGCCAUGCAGAGGCCCGUGAGGCCGGGUAUGGGCUGGACCGAAGACUUGCCCCCCAUGGGGGGCCCCGGCAAUUUUGCCCAGAAUGCUGUGCCCUACCCAGGGGGGCAGGGCGAAGCAGAGCGAUUCAUGACCCCUCGGGUCCGGGAGGAGCUACUGCGGCACCAGCUGCUGGAGAAGCGGUCGAUGGGCAUGCAACGCCCCCUGGGCAUGGCAGGCAGCGCCAUGGGGCAGGGCAUGGAGAUGGAGCGGAUGAUGCAGGCGCAUCGGCAGAUGGAUCCGGCCAUAUUCCCCGGGCAGAUGGCUGGUGGCGAGGGCCUGGCGGGCACCCCCAUGGGCAUGGAGUUCGGUGGAGGCCGGGGCCUCCUGAGUCCCCCCAUGGGGCAGUCUGGGCUGAGAGAGGUGGACCCUCCCAUGGGGCCAGGCAACCUCAACAUGAACAUGAAUGUGAACAUGAACAUGAACAUGAACCUGAACGUCCAGAUGACCCCACAGCAGCAGAUGCUGAUGUCGCAGAAGAUGCGGGGCCCCGGGGACAUGAUGGGGCCGCAGGGCCUCAGCCCUGAGGAGAUGGCCCGGGUGCGGGCCCAGAACAGCAGUGGCAUGAUGGGUGGCCCGCAGAAGAUGCUUAUGCCCUCACAGUUUCCCAACCAGGGCCAGCAGGGAUUCUCUGGGGGCCAGGGACCCUACCAAGCCAUGCCCCAGGACAUGGGCAAUACUCAAGACAUGUUCAGUCCUGACCAGAGCUCGAUGCCCAUGGGCAAUGUGGGCACCACCCGGCUCAGCCACAUGCCUCUGCCCCCCGCGUCCAAUCCUCCCGGGUCCGUGCAUUCGGCCCCCAGUCGGGGGCUGGGCAGACGGCCUUCAGACCUCACCAUCAGUAUUAAUCAGAUGGGCUCACCAGGCAUGGGGCACCUGAAGUCGCCCACCCUCAGCCAGGUGCACUCACCCCUGGUCACAUCGCCCUCUGCCAACCUCAAAUCACCCCAGACUCCCUCACAGAUGGUGCCCUUGCCUUCGGCCAACCCACCGGGACCUCUCAAGUCACCCCAGGUCCUCAGCUCCUCUCUCAGUGUCCGUUCGCCCACUGGCUCGCCCAGCAGGCUCAAGUCUCCUUCCAUGGCGGUGCCUUCUCCGGGCUGGGUCGCCUCACCCAAGACAGCCAUGCCCAGCCCUGGGGUCCCCCAGAACAAGCAGCCGCCUCUCAACAUGAACUCUUCCACCACCCUGGGCAACAUGGAACAGGGUGCCCUCCCGCCUAGCGGCCCCCGGAGCAGCUCCUCGGCGCCUCCCGCCAACCCUCCCAGCGGCCUCAUGAACCCCAGCCUGCCAUUCACUUCCUCCCCAGACCCCACGCCUUCCCAGAACCCCCUGUCACUGAUGAUGUCCCAGAUGUCCAAGUACGCCAUGCCCAGCUCUACCCCGCUCUACCACAAUGCCAUCAAGACUAUCGCCACCUCUGACGACGAGCUGCUGCCCGACCGGCCCCUGCUCCCCCCUCCGCCACCGCCGCAGGGCUCUGGGCCAGGGAUCAGCAAUAACCAGCCCAACCAGAUGCACCUGAACUCGGCUGCUGCCCAGAGCCCCAUGGGCAUGAACCUGCCAGGCCAGCAGCCCCUGUCCCACGAACCCCCACCUACCAUGCUGCCCUCCCCUACCCCUCUGGGGUCCAACAUUCCAUUGCACCCCAAUGCGCAGGGGACAGGAGGGCCCCCUCAAAACUCGAUGAUGCUGCCUCCAGGGGGCCCAGACUCCCUGAAUGCCCCCUGCGGCCCUGUGCCCAGCUCCUCCCAGAUGAUGCCCUUCCCUCCUCGGCUGCAGCAGCCCCACGGUGCCAUGGCCCCCGGUGGGGGUGGGGGUGGGGGGCCUGGCCUGCAGCAGCAUUACCCUUCAGGCAUGCCCCUGCCCCCAGAGGACCUGCCUAGCCAGCCGCCCGGCCCCAUGCCCCCUCAGCAGCACCUGAUGGGCAAAGGCAUGGCUGGGCGCAUGGGCGACGCCUACCCGCCGGGCGUGCUCCCCGGGGUGGCAUCAGUGCUGAACGACCCCGAGCUGAGCGAGGUGAUCCGGCCCACCCCGACGGGGAUCCCUGAGUUCGACUUGUCGAGGAUCAUCCCCUCUGAGAAGCCAAGCAGCACCCUCCAAUACUUCCCCAAGAGCGAGAACCAGCCCCCCAAGGCCCAGCCCCCCAAUCUGCAUCUCAUGAACCUGCAGAACAUGAUGGCGGAGCAGACCCCCUCACGGCCCCCCAACCUCCCGGGCCAGCAGGGCGUCCAGCGGGGGCUCAACAUGUCCAUGUGCCACCCCGGACAGAUGUCCUUGCUGGGCAGGACAGGUGUGCCCCCACAGCAAGGCAUGGUGCCCCACGGCCUGCACCAGGGGGUCAUGUCGCCUCCGCAAGGCCUCAUGACCCAGCAGAAUUUCAUGCUGAUGAAGCAACGGGGCGUGGGGGGCGAGGUCUACAGCCAGCCCCCCCACAUGCUGUCCCCACAGGGCUCCCUCAUGGGCCCCCCGCCCCAGCAGAACCUCAUGGUGUCCCAUCCCCUGCGGCAGCGCAGUGUGUCUCUGGACAGCCAGAUGGGCUACCUCCCGGCGCCGGGCAGCAUGGCCAACCUGCCCUUCUAGCAGUCCCCGUGCGGGGCCGGAGCUGGGGCGAUACUGCAAAUAUGAUAACCUUAAGAAAGUUCCUUCCCCUCCAGUGUUGGGAUGGCCUGGGUCAAGGGGUGGGGUGGAGGGGGUGGGAGGGGCUUGUGUGGGGCGUGGCAUUUUGUGGAAACCAGAUGUGCUGGCGGCUUAAGGGGAAGUGACAGAGCGGGGUGGGGGGUUUUGGAUUGGGGUUCCAUUUCGGCCACCGGGGCUGCCCCUCGCCCGUUCCUCCCCAGUCCUAUGGAGCCUCUCCCUUCCCUCUUUCUCUGCACCCACCCUCUGCAGCUGUGCUUUCGGAGUCCUGUGUCGAGUCCGUGGGGGAGAGGGGAAGGAGGAGGUCUCCCCACUCUGUCCCUUUCCUUUCUGCCGCGGGCUUCUCUCUCCUCUUGGUUUCUCUGCUCCCACCUGUUUUUCCUUCUGUCUCUUCCUGCCUCAUUUCCUCUCCCUGCUGAUGUGGCUGACCCCCUCUCCCACCCCUCCCUGCAGGCGGCUGGCCAGGUGGGCAGGUGCCAGCCGCAGCUGUAAAUAGAGCGCUGCGCUUUUGUGCCGGUUUGUGUGUGUGCUGUAUUUCUGUGUUUUGAUAGAAGUCACAAAAAAAGAAAAAAGGAUAAAAGAAAACCCUUCCCUCCCUCUUCAAAUUCUUGCCCCUUCCAUUCUCCUGGACUCAGGACCAUGCAGUCUGACACAGGUACCCAGUGUUUGCAUUGUCUCUGGGUCUGUAAGGAUACCAUUCCGGUCCCUUCCCCAAAUGGUGAAAUGAAAGAUACCCCGCACCUAAACUGAGGUCAGACCACCGAGGCUUCCUCCCGGAGAGCCCCAUCCGGGCUGAGGCCUCCCAGAGCGGCAGUCUGUCUGUUGCUGAAUGAUUCAGGAGAAUGUGUGCACGGGCGUGUGUGUUCGCCCCGCACAGGCGACACGGGGCCCUGGCUCCCCAGCUAUGGAUGGCUGGUAUCCCCUGCUGCUACAUCUUGGCCAGAACUUGAAGUCCUCCCUCCCCGGUGUGGGAUGAAGGAAAAGAGGGAGAGGUGGAGGCUGUGUGGCCCCCUUGAGUGGAGCCAUGGGGUGGUGGCACGGUGGUCCACGUGGUCCCGUGCCUGCUGCGGUAGCCCUGGGCCAGGUGACCCCCAGGCCCCGUCUCUUCCAGGAACUGCCACCUACUUCUUAUCACCAAAGGCGGAAGGAAAAGGGUUUGGCUGAGUAGAUCUGUCUCUCUCCAGCCUCCAUCCUUUGAGCGUGGAUUAGAGAAAGUGUUGGAAAAGCAGGGGGCAUCCUGUCGCCUCCUCUCUGCCUGCCUUCUCACCGGCAAGGUCCCCCUGCCCCGGGCUCAGGGCUCUGUGCCCGCCCAGGCGCAGCCACUGCCUCCCCCUCAGUCCCCUGCUCUUUCCCAAAACUCCCCACCUGCCUCUGGUCAGAGCUGAAGCCAUACAGACUCAGUGUUUUGCCCCCUUGGCCCCAGGAGUAAAACACUUCUCCUUUUCUCACUUCCUUUCCUGCCUUGUGAGGUGGCAGGGCAGUUCCCUGGCCUUCUGUGCCCCGCCUCCGGGGCCGAGGGCCAUUUCUAGACAAGGGGUCUUCUGCCGUGGCCCCUUCCCCAGCCUUCCUGAUCUGCAGGGUCUGGUCUAGCAUUGGCAGCUGUGAUACAAAGGGAAUUCGCCCCACUUUUCCCAGUCUGGUGCUGUCCUCAGUCCACCGUCAGCCAGGUCAAGCGCUUCCUCUGGGGCCGGCUGGCUGCAGGCCCCGGCCUCCCCCAGCACCCUCCCAGGGGCCCAGGGCCAGGGCCCCGACAUCUGUGUUUGGGGGCCACCUAGCUUCCAUCCUGCCAGGCGCUUUGCCCACCCUGCCUCAACCUGGGCCUUGUACCCAUGAACCCCCCCCCCCCGACCCAAGACUCCCCAAACUGACUCUAAGUGUUUCCUGCCCAGAGGAGAGAGGGGUCAGACCGCAAAGGGCCUAAUGCCCUCCCCAUUCUCUUCUCCCAUCUCCGCCACCAGACUAGCUUUCCAAGGUGAACUCCACAGGCCAGCCUACUUCCCUCCAUCCACGGCCAUACCCCCAGCCAUUUUGUACCAUUAUAUAAAUAUAUAUAUAUAAAUAUAAAUAUAUAAAUACAAUAUGUGAAGACAUCUUCUCGGUUUUUAUUUUGAAACAAUUUUUAGGCUUGUUCCGGGGGUCUCUGUGCUGCCUGUACUGUAUUGACCUGUUUUAUAGGUGCCUUUUUAUUAAAAAGAGAAAAUUAAAAUCCA